CAUAUCCCUCUCCCUCCUUCUCUCUCACCCCCAUCUUGUCUCUGUAGGCAAGCAGUCUGCAUGUUAGCAGGCACAUGAAUCAAUCAAAAUACUUUUUGAUUGAUAUAUACGUGUACUGAGAGGAUAACCAUGUUAAAGAAUCACAGUGUGUGAUGUUAUAUUUCGUUUCCUGCUAAACUCCGAGGUUGCAUUCAUUUCCUUGAACAAAUGUUUGAACCUUUUGUUGUAAAUUUGUAGAUUGAAUUUAGUUGUCACAACUUUUUUGGUUGUUGCUUGCCUGAAUGAAAUCAGUAGACAUUAUUCAGAUAACUGAAUUAGACGCUGUUGUGUGUAGUCUUUGUUGGAAAUACAUACUGUACCGACAGACAAAUGAAAUUCACUGAGAAAUCUAUGGUUUUGACCAAGACGAGGAUUGAGUACUCUUAUCUCAUUCAUCAUUACAAGUUGUAUCUUUCAGAAUUAGGUGUUCGUACAGUUACCAUUUACUAUAUAUUAUUUUCUACAGUAACUGUCAGGAUUAGGUGUUUGUUGGUAAUAUAAAAUGAUAGAUGUAUAGAGUUCACCGAGAAAUCCAAGGUUAUGAUCAAGAUGAUAGGUUAAAAAUUAAGGAUCAAGUACUCUUGUCUCAUUGAUCAUUACAAGUUUUAAGAUUAAGGAUUAUCUCAUGCAGUGUUUAUCAAUAUCCAGGAUUAGGAAAAAAAAUGUACUCCUAUCUUGCAACUUUGUUUCAGCUUCAGGCAAAGUGCACAGUUAAGAACCUCAUGCUGCUGUGAGAGAAACUUAGAACAGUCUUUACUAUCUUUUUUUUUUCUUGACAAUCGUAUCUUGCCUGAAUCAAUUCAGUGCUCAUGUUCAGAUAACUGAAACUAGACACUGUCUUGUAGUGGAUGUAUAGAGUUCACCAAGAAAUCCAAGGUUGUGAGCAAGACGGCAGCUUUAGAAUUGAUGAUCAAGUACUCUUAUCUCAUUUAUUACUACAAGUUUUACGAUUCAGGAAUAGAGCGUUUAUCCGUGGCGCGGCCGCCUCCUUCCCCUCCCUCCACCACACGCUGCCUGCCGGAUCUCGCCGUUGAGCGCAUCGGCCCGCCGUCUCCAACCACCCCCGUCUCUGAUCCGAGCCGAGUACAGGGGAGCCACAGCUGCCACCGAGGACAAGGUCGCCUGUGGAAACCACCGCUACCUCCGGUCCUUCGAUCUCUCCCCUUCUCGCCACUCCUCACGGCCCGCUCCGCACGGCUCGGCCUUCUCGGCGGGGAUUUGCUCUUUGGCGAAGAGAGGCGGCUGCAGGCGCCAUGGUGCCGAUCCAGUCAUCGUUGGUAUUCAAGUUGCCACCUAACAAAUCUGUUUUUAUUUCUUAUUAGGUACCUCGAAGGUCAAGAGACCAAGGUCUGCCGCUGCGUGCAUGACAACAUGAGGUGCCGCAAUCGGCGUGGUAUGCUGGUGGAUGAUGGCGACAGUGAGAUGGUUGGCAAGGAUUAUGAGAGGUCGGCGAGCAGCACUCCUUCCUCUCUUCCCUGUGGAGAAGAUGACCUGCAGCUCAUUGACUGCUGAGUUCCCUCGAGUCUCUCUUUCUUCCGGCAAGGUAAAGUUCAGUUUUCUGGUGACCAUGUUUAUUAAAUUCUUUGGUAGAAUCCAUAUUGAUUCUAAGAUGACAUUAUAGUGCAUUUUUGUCCAGACAUAUGAUUUUUCAUCAUCUGGUGUAUGUCGAUAUAGCACAGCCCACACAUACCCUCCUACCCUGAGUAAAUCUGAAUCCCCAUAUUUCAGUUCUGAACUCCAAAAUGUCGUACUCAAAUGGCUUGACCCCAGAUCCAUGUUCUGGACUCUUGAUAUUUUGUGAGGCCUUUUCAUUUAGCUGCUCAAUCUACAUAUGCAGAAAACCACUCUCUGGAUGCGUGCAUUUCUGGCUGUACCUGAAGCUCUCUCCAACAAUCUCCUUCUCCAUCCAUACUUAUUUCAUAAACCAAAACCUUGCGUUUAUCACAAUACCUAUUUUAAGCUCACUCAGGAUGACAAAUAUAGUCACAAAGUUUUCUGGUUCUUCGGUGUUGAUAAAAAGAACACCUUUUUUCUAUUUCCUCUGAUCCUUGUUUAGUAACUACAACUCAUGUUGUAUUUGCUUUUACUGUUUCACCUCACCGUGAGUAUCUUUUUGACUCAUUCUUUGCUCACUAUUGUUCAGAUUCUACAUCAAGGCUUGUGGCUUACCUUAUGGAUCUUAAUUAAGUCACCCCUUGUAAUUUCCUGAGGUGCUACCUCAUCAAUCUUAGGUGGCUCCUUUUUUUCCAUUUUGUGGCAGUUGAUAGUUGUGUAGUACAUGGAUGAGGGACCUACUUAUUUAGCCUAUCAAAGAAUUAUCUCACUAGAUGUACGUAGGGAAAGAGAGCUCUUAUAUUGACACUCCUAGCACUUGAUAUAGGGUAAGCUUUUUUUCAAGUUGUU